CUCCGGUUCUGAAACGAUGGCUCUAAUGGUUUCUGACAUGCGAGUCCUGGCGCGCGAACCCUAGAUCCGAACCCGCACUCGCGCACACGCCCGCCUUAUCAUUCCGAGUCAUACCAGCGGCGGCUGGAACCGGGAGCCCCGUUGCCGGCCACCCUCCUCCGCUCGCGCGCGUCGAGUGGCCUCUCGUCGUCGUCGGGCCUCAGGUCGGCGCCCUCCGUUGCUGGGAGCUCCACCGCCUCCCGUCGCCCUCUCCUCCAGUCGCCGCCGCCGCCCCCGGACGGGAGCACCGCGCCCUCGACUCGCAGAUCCGGCGACGUCCUAGGAAGCAUAUACUUAUGAGGAAGGGGCAAAUUGUGGCUGUUCUUCAAAUAGGUGGAGAAUUCACCACUGAUGCAGAUGGUCACAUGUCUUAUUCUGGUGGAGAGGCACAUGCAAUGCUUGUCAAAAGUGACUGGACUUUUAGUGCAUUUAAGCAAGAGAUAUCAUCGACACUUAACAAUCUGAAGCUCGACCAGUUUGCACUCAAGUAUUUCCUUCCAAAGAAUGAUAAAACCUUGAUUUCUAUUUCCAAUGACAAGGACCUACGCCGCAUGGUUGAAUUCCAUGCGGAGUCUGAAACAACAUACAUUUAUGUCAUGAAGAAAUUUGACAACAGGUCAAAGAGCAUUGUUGCUGACUCGGGCACUCCUGCUGCUGUAGAUGCCUUUGCAGUUGUUCCAACAACUCAGGAUGGGUCUAAGAGACAAAAGGUUUGUGUAAGCUGGAAGAAUGUGAUCACUGGAGUUGGCCAAGUGUUCGAAGGUCCUAAGGAUUUUCGUGAUGCCUUACAUAAGUAUGCCAUUGCGCAUAGAUUCCAUUACAGAUUUAUCAAGAAUGACUCAUCUCGUGUGACUGCGGAAUGUACUGGUGAAGAUUGCCCAUGGCGAAUACAUGCUUCCAAGUCCCCUGCAAAGAAAGAAUUCAUGGUCAAGAAAAUAUCUGAAAGCCACACCUGUGAAUCAGAAACAGUCAAAAGUCAUCGUCUGGCUUCUCAACGAUGGGUUGCUAGUGUUAUAAAAGAAAAGUUACGUGAUAGUCCAAACUACAGGCCAAGAGAUAUUGCAAAUGAUCUUCAACGGGAGUAUGGACUGUGCCUGAACUAUUCACAGGCUUGGCGUGGAAGAUCAAUUGCUCAAAAAGAACUUUAUAGCUCACAUGAAGAGGCAUGCAGUCAGCUACCAUGGUUUUGUGAAAGGAUUGUAGAAACAAACCCUGAAAGUGUGGCAACUGUUGUGGCUUUGGAAGAUUCAAAAUUCCGUUUCUUUGUUGCAUUCCAUGCAUCGCUCCAUGGUUUUGAGCAUGGGUGCAGGCCACUCCUUUUUCUUGAUGCGAUAACUGCAAAACCAAAUAAGCAUUGGAAGCUACUGACCGCUACUUCAGUUGACGGGGAAGGCGAUGUGUUCCCAGUUGCAUUUGGUGUUGUGGAUGCUGAGGGUCGUGAAAAUUGGCAUUGGUUUCUCGAGCAACUAAAAUCUUCACUGGCGACAUCUGGAGCCAUGACAUUUAUAUCGAGUGGAGAAAAUGAACUAUUUGAUGUAGUAUCUUUGGUUUUCCCUGAGAGUCAUCAUGGAUACUGCGUGGAGUCUCUUAUUGAAGAAUUUAAGACGCAACUGGAUGAUGCAUGGACUGAGGAACUGAGAGAUUCCAUGGUUGAGCAUCUUAAGAAGGCCAUAUAUUCAUGCACAGUUGACGAGUUCAAUCAGUAUAUCGAGCUCAUCAAAGGUGAAUCUGACAAGCUUUCUGAUUGGCUUUUGGAGAUCAAACCUGAGCGGUGGUCAGAUGCCUUUUUCAAGGGAUUGCGGCAUGGCCAGUAUUCGUGCAAUAUUUUUGGCACUGUUGUUGAGUGGAUCCCCACAAGAUAUGAGCUUUCGGUUGUGCAGUUGGUUGACACGAUCAGAUGCAAGCUCAUGGAGAUGAUGUACAUGCGCAGGGAGUCUUCUAAUGCAUGGACUGAGGUAUUAACACCUGCAGCUAAUCAGAGAUUGCAGGAAGAGGUGAGCAAAGCCCACACACUCAAUGUCAUCCCAACAGAAAGUGGUGAAAAUGGUAAUGUGUUUAAGGUUUGUGAUGACUCGGUUAAUGUUGUGAACCUAGACACAUGGGAAUGCACCUGCCGAAGGUGGCAUAUUUCUGGGUUGCCAUGCAUGCAUGCAAUUGCAGUAUUUGAGCGUGCUGGACAAUAUGCAUAUGACUACUGUGUUAAGUAUUUCACGACGGAAUGCUACCGCUUGACCUACUCCAUGUCAAUAAAUCCAAUACCUGAUGUUAUUGUGCCUCCUACAUUAAUUGAUCCAGCUCAGAGUCCAGCAACAUACCCAUGCCCAGUGCGAACCCGUCGUCGGGUUGGCCGGCCAAAAGAGAAGCCAGCUGAUCCUCGCAUUGCAAUUAAGAGGGCAGUGCGCUGCAGCAGGUGUAAGGGUUAUGGUCACAACAAGGCAACUUGCAAAGUUCCUAUCAGUACAUAAUCUUUACCCAUCGGUUCUGUUCUGCAAUGUACAUUAACGCGGAGAGUUGCUCUCGUUGUUCUCUUCAAUGUUAGUGCUGCUGUUUCUUUUGAUAAUCUGUGAUAUAUUCUCUAGUGUUGAUUUAGCUCUAAAUUGCUCUGUAUUCCUCCAUUGCUUAGACUAACUGUAUCCAAGCUUGUGAAGUAAACAUUGUAGCUGACACCGUUGGGGAAGCCUUGGCAAGUCUGUUGUACUGCAAUCCAGUUUUUUCUCGUUC